GGAUCCUGAGACACACGAGUUCAGCUGGCAUGAGGGGACAGGUCAAAGGUGGAAGGCUUCGGGCUGGUGGGAGAGAAGGGGGCCUGGACCUGGGUUUGGAAAGGAGAAGGACAUCGUCCCUCCAGGACUGUGAGCAGGAUGGACUCCAGGCCUGGGCUCCUAGCCAGAAGCUGGAGGGGGCUUGGCCAGCAGGAGGGAGAAACGACUCAUCUGUGCCUUCCAACUCCGAGACAGAAAAUGUCUGCUGAUGGUGGAAGCAUCCAGGCUGCCCAGAACAAGGAGAGCACCCGAGAGGUUCCAGGUCAUGGGCAUCCUUGUCAACAAAUGCUUUCCGAGCUGGAGGAAGCGGUGCCUUUGGGAGCCGCUUGGGAGUCACACCACAUCAAGACGGAGCCAGAAGAGCCGCAUCCUGAGGGAGUGCCCCAGGGGCACAGGGCUCAAGGAGCGCAGAGCCGGGCGCCUCUGAGCCAGGGCUCUAAGGAGAAAGCUCUCUUCCUGCCUGGAGGAGCCCUCCCCUCCCCGCAGGUCCCCGUGCUUGCCCGAGAGGGGAGGACCAGAGACCGGCAGAUGGCCGCGGCUCUCCUCACCGCCUGGUCCCAGAUGCCAGUGACCUUUGAGGACGUGGCUCUGUACCUGUCCCGGGAGGAGUGGGGGCGGCUCGACCACACACAGCAGAGCUUCUACAGGGACGUCCUGCAGAAGAGGAACGGGCUGUCCUUGGGGUUUCCCUUCAGCAGGCCUUUCUGGGCCCCCCAAGUGCAGGGCAAGGGCGAGGCCUCAAGUUCGUGCCGGCGAACAGGAGACGAGGUGGAGGAGAAGACAGGAGCCAUUGAGGCGGGAGAGGAGCCCACCCCAUCCCUGGCAGCCCUUGGGGAUGCGAAAGCCUUCAGAAGCCGGGUGGGUAGAGCCCAGGGAGCCACUCUACAGUGCGGGAGGCAGGUGGCCGUCAGCCAGAGCUCAGGGCCACCCAAAGAUGAUGGACAGCCUGGUCCUCCAAAGGAGGGACCGCUGAAACCAGCCCCAUCUGACACCGGCCCCCCGAAAGCCCAGGAGGGCUGCUUCCCAGAGAAACCCAGAGAGGGGGAGACAGGCGGCCCUGAGAGCAGUGAGGAGGGCCUGUCCCCGGAGGGCGAUGCCAGCAAGAAGACCUACAAGUGUGAGCAGUGUGGCAAGGGCUUCAGCUGGCACUCCCACCUGGUGACGCACCGGCGCACGCACACGGGCGAGAAGCCCUACGCCUGCACGGACUGCGGCAAGCGCUUCGGCCGCAGCUCCCACCUCAUCCAACACCAGAUCAUCCACACGGGCGAGAAGCCCUACACCUGCCCCUCCUGCUGGAAGAGCUUCAGCCACCACUCCACCCUGAUCCAGCACCAGCGCAUCCACACGGGCGAGAAGCCCUACGUGUGCGACUGCUGCGCCAAGCGCUUCACCCGCCGCUCGGACCUGGUCACCCACCAGGGCACCCACACGGGCGCCAAGCCCCACAAGUGCCCCAUCUGCAGCAAGUGCUUCACGCAGAGCUCAGCCCUGGUCACCCACCAGCGCACCCACACCGGCGUCAAGCCCUACCCGUGCCCCGAGUGCGGCAAGUGCUUCAGCCAGCGCUCCAACCUCAUUGCCCACAACCGCACGCACACGGGCGAGAAGCCCUACCACUGCCUCGACUGCGGCAAGAGCUUCAGCCACAGCUCGCACCUCACCGCCCACCAGCGCACCCACCGUGGCGUCCGGCCCUACUCCUGCCCGCUCUGCGGCAAGAGCUUCAGCCGGCGCUCCAACCUGCACCGGCACGAGAAGAUCCACACCACGGGGCCCAAGGCCCUGGCCAUGCUGAUGCUGGGGGCGGCAGGGACUCUGGCGGCCCCCACGCCUGCUCCCACCUAGGUGGCCCUGAGGGAGCGUCCCGGCCCUGGGGCAGCGAGGGCAGCAGCUGUGGGAGUGCGGGGAUGUGGCAGGGGGCCGGGGAGGUGCUGGCAUGGGGUGGGGCAUGGCAAUGCGGGAGGAGCUAGGGUGAGGAGCAGGCACGCAAGCUGCAAAAUAAAGGCCUUGGAAUUGAA